AAUAAUUAAAAUAAAAAAACAUAAUACAUUAAUAAGCAUUUUCGCUUUAAAGUAGAAAUGAAUAUUUGCAAAAACAGUAAAAUUAACUCAUCAUAAAUCUUUAAAGUCUCUGCUCUUGGCUUAAUAGAUAGAAUAAAAAACCUUGAAUAAUAUGCUAUCUAAGUUAGUAAAAUAGCUUAUUAAGAUGAAAAGAGAGCUUAAAACUUAGAAAACCUCCUCGAUAACUAAGAUAAUCUCGUUUAAGACAUUUACUCAAUUAUCUCUUUGAAAAAUAAAAUCAAGAGAUACAAUGAGGUUGUAGGUGUUUUAAUAAAAAUGAUUACUGAAUAUGAGGAAAUAUGUAUUUCUUACUAAGAACUAUACUAAGAAUAGAAGCAAAUACUCAGUAAGCUUUCUAUAAAUAAGGAAAUAUUUAACAGAUGCAAAAUCUUAUUUGUAUAAAUCUAAAAAUACUUUUUCAAUAGCCAAUCUCUCAUCCAUAUUCUAUAAAAAUAAAUCAUGUGA